AUGGAGACUUGCAACUUCACGGGUGGUUCAGUCGCAUCCUUCUGCAACGUCACCGUCAUCGUGGCCGUGGCCACCGACCCCAAACUCCACAAGCCCACGUCCUUCUUCCUGACCAAUCUUUCCAUCCUGGGCAUCCUGCUGACCACCAUCCCUAUCCCCCGAAUGCUGGCCCUGUUCUUGAUCAAGGCCAAGUCAGGAUGCUUCUUGCGGAUGUAUUUCUUUCACGGGCUCACAGUGACGGAGACCUUUCUCCUCGUGGUGAUCUGCCACCCCUUGCACUAUGCCGCCCGAAGGACCAAGCAGAAGAAGCUACGGCUGGUUGCGGGAGCUUGGUUCUCUGCACUGCUGGUCCCCAUCCAACCGGUCGUCCAGUCAUCUCAGCUGACCUUCGGCAAGACACCCAAGGUCAACCGCUGCUUCUGCGACCACUUGGCGGCGGUCCAGGCUGCUUGCCAAAACACCUACACCAUGUUCCAGACUUUUCUGGGUUUUACCAUUUCUAUGACCGUCGCCUUCAGUCCGCUGCUGCUUGUGGUCAUCUCCUACGCCUGCAUCACGGUCUCGGUCUUGCAGAUCAAGUCCAAGGAAGGCCACAGGAGGACCUUCUCCACUUGCUUUUCCCAUCUGGUGGCGGUCAUCACGUACUAUUUCUCCAUUGCUCUGGCCUUUCUCGCCUACCGCAUCAAGAUGCUCAACGAAAUCCACAUUCUGAGCGACAUGACCUUUGCCAUUUUAACUCCUGUGGUCAACCCUCUCAUUGACACCCUGAAGAACAGGGACAUCAAGAGGGCAGUGAGACAGCUGGCAUCCUCAAAGGUCUUCUCCAUGCAAAAAGAGAGACUCCGUUUAGACCAAACCACCGAUGAACGGAAGAGGUCCGCUCAAGAGAUGUGA